GGUGCCGGUGCCUUACUGUUAACGUCGUUAUAUUAUUAGUUCUGUUGACGAAUUCAUGAGGAUUCACUGGGUCUCAAGCCUCGUGAAAACAAGCGUCAUUGAAGCGUAAAAGUUAUUCAGGUAAUCUCUGGCGAUUUUAAAUACUGGAAACUAAUAGUGUGGAGCAGACUCAAAACACAUUAUGGAUCAUGAAGACACAGAAAAAGGCAAAGCACUGCCAUCUGGUGGUGAGAGUGUCCAAGACCCACAAACAUCUUCAGAUAAGAGCGUUGCAGAUGCGCUAAUACCUCAAAACAGCAGAGCUAUGAUAUGUUCCUCUACAAUAAUAUGGAAGGAAAUGUCUACAGUGAGUUGUUGGGAACCGUCAUGUCCUCCGAUAGUAUCUCGAGAAGAGUGGGGAGCUCGCUUACCCAAGAAACGCCAGGACCUCACUACGCCUGUUCCUCUCGUCAUAAUCCAUCAUACGUACAGUCCCCCGGCAUGCCACUCUUUGGAAGACUGCAAAAAGGCUUUGGUAGAAAUUCAAAACUUUCACAUGAAUGAUCGUGGCUGGGAUGAUAUCGCAUAUAACUUUCUGGUUGGAGACGAGUACUUGUUUAUGGGCCGUGGUUGGCAGACCGUAGGAGCCCACGCUAAAGGGUUCAACAACAACAGCAUCGGCAUUUGCUUCAUAGGAGAUUACAGAGAGGAAAUACCUUCACCACGUAUGCUGAUUUUGGGCUCAGCUCUGAUAAAAUUUGGGAUCGACAACCAUUUCAUAUCAGCAAACUACAAGCUGAUAGGUCACCGACAAGUGCGUAACACCGAGUGUCCAGGGGAGGCCUUCUACAACGUGAUAAAGACUGCGCCAAGCUGGGGGCCUAUGGAUAAUUCACCAUCACCGAGCAACGUGACUGGGAACCAGGGUGGCUCAUGAGCCACAUUUUGUUUUGUAUGUAAAAAUGUUAUGCAACUUAUAACUGUUUUGUUAAGUUUUGUUUUUCCCCUUCAUUAUGACUAUAUACUAAUAUCCUGUUCCCAUUCGUAAUGUUUAAAACCAUAAAUGUAUUUGUAACUAAUCCCUUUCCUUAGCUACCUUCCACAAUAGUUUUGAAAUAUUAAGUGUGGUUGUAUCUCUUUCGUAAAUACAAAGUACCCACAAAACAGUAUACACGUUUGAUUUUGCAAAGCUUGAUCAUUCCCCCAACGGUUAACUAGAGACUUUUGCACACUUUUUAAUGAGUUAGUUAUGGAAAAAGAUAUGGGGUGAGAGAAAAAUAAUAAUAAAAAAUGUAUAUGUGUCUAUAUAUGUACAAUAUUUAAUGUAUUAAAGCGUUUAUGUUGA